UGCACAAGGGGGGCACCCGGCAGGCCCUCACCACUACCUUUGCUCUUCUUGCAGUGCCAACAACAUGCCCAAGCAGGUGGAAGUACGGAUGCACGACAGCCAUCUCAGCUCAGAGGAGCCGAAGCACCGGCCUCUGGGCCUGCGCCUGUGCGACAAGCUGGGGAAGAAUCUCCUGCUCACACUGACCGUGUUUGGUGUCAUCCUGGGGGCAGUAUGUGGAGGGCUUCUCCGCUUGGCCUCUCCUCUCCACCCUGACGUGGUUAUGUUAAUAGCCUUCCCAGGGGAUAUACUCAUGAGGAUGCUAAAAAUGCUUAUUCUGCCUCUCAUCAUCUCCAGCUUAAUCACAGGUUUGUCAGGCCUGGAUGCUAAAGCCAGUGGACGCUUGGGCACGAGAGCCAUGGUGUAUUACAUGUCCACAACCGUCAUUGCCGCAGUGCUGGGGGUCAUCUUGGUCUUGGCCAUCCACCCAGGGAACCCCAAACUCAAGAAGCAGCUGGGACCCGGGAAGAAAAAUGAUGAAGUGUCCAGCCUGGAUGCCUUCCUGGACCUCAUCCGAAAUCUCUUCCCUGAAAACCUUGUCCAAGCCUGUUUUCAGCAGAUUCAAACGGUGACCAAGAAAGUCCUGGUAGCGCCUCCAUCAGAUGAGGAGGGCAAUGCCACCAACGCUGUCAUCUCAUUAUUGAACGAGACCGUGACGGAGGUGCCUGAGGAAGCGAAGGUGGUUAUCAAGAAGGGCCUGGAGUUCAAGGAUGGCAUGAACGUCUUAGGUCUGAUCGGGUUUUUCAUUGCUUUUGGCAUCGCCAUGGGGAAGAUGGGAGAGCAGGCCAAGCUGAUGGUGGAAUUCUUCAACAUUUUGAAUGAGAUUGUAAUGAAGUUAGUGAUCAUGAUCAUGUGGUACUCUCCCCUGGGUAUCGCCUGCCUCAUUUGUGGAAAGAUCAUUGCAAUCAAGGACUUAGAAGUGGUUGCUAGGCAACUGGGGAUGUACAUGGUCACGGUGAUAGUGGGCCUCAUCAUCCAUGGGGGCAUCUUUCUCCCCUUGAUUUACUUUCUAGUCACCAGGAAAAACCCUUUCUCCUUUUUUGCCGGCAUUUUCCAAGCCUGGAUCACUGCCCUGGGUACUGCCUCCAGUGCGGGAACUUUGCCUGUUACCUUCCGUUGCUUGGAAGAAAACCUGGGGAUUGAUAAGCGUGUAACCAGAUUUGUCCUCCCAGUUGGAGCAACCAUCAACAUGGACGGUACAGCCCUUUAUGAAGCAGUGGCCGCCAUCUUUAUUGCCCAAAUGAAUGGUGUUAUCUUGGAUGGAGGCCAGAUUGUGACUGUGAGCCUCACGGCCACGCUGGCGAGCGUCGGUGCGGCCAGUAUCCCCAGCGCGGGCCUCGUCACCAUGCUUCUCAUCCUGACGGCUGUGGGCCUGCCAACGGAGGACAUCAGCCUGCUGGUGGCUGUGGACUGGCUGCUGGACAGGAUGAGGACUUCAGUCAAUGUUGUGGGUGACUCCUUUGGGGCUGGGAUUGUCUAUCACCUCUCCAAGUCUGAGCUGGAUACUAUUGACUCCCAGCAUCGAGUGCAUGAAGAUAUUGAAAUGACCAAGACUCAGUCCAUUUAUGAUGACAUGAAGAACCAUAGGGAAAGCAACUCUAAUCAAUGUGUCUAUGCUGCACACAACUCUGUCAUAGUAGAUGAGUGCAAGGUAACUCUGGCAGCCAACGGAAAGUCAGCCGACGGCGGUGUUGAGGAAGAACCUUGGAAGCGUGAAAAAUAAGGAUAUGACUCUCAGCAAAUUCUUGAAUAAACUCCCCAGCUUAUCUUAUGGUAAAAGAGAGUUC